AUGUCUACUGGAAUUAUAGCUUCAUGGGCCGAUGCCCAGGAUGAUUUAUCAGCCCCACCUCCAGAAAUCACCACCAACCCAGAUGGAACCAAAACUGUUGUCAGUUAUGGUAUCAACAACCAAGGUAAAAAAGUAAAGAUCAUUCAAAGAAUUAAAGAAAUCAAAGUUAAAGAAAAAGUUCAUCCUUUAAUUGCCCAAAGAAGAAAUUGGAUCAAAUAUGGUAAAGAAAGAAAUAUGCCACCCGGGCCAGAUACCAGAACCACCCAAUUAGGGGAAAAAGUUGAAUUGAAUUUAGCUACAUCAUGGAAAGAAAUGGAAAAACAAGAAGAAGAAGAAAAAGCUCAAGAAAAGGCUAACUUAGUAUCAAGUCAUAGAAUUAAAUGUAGAAUUUGUGGAGGUGAUCAUUACACUGCCAAAUGUCCUUUCAAAGAUACUAUGGGAGAAACCGCCAAAGGAGAAACUGUUGAAACUGAUAAUACUGCUAAUGAUCAACCAGGUAAAUAUGUUCCAAGACAUUUAAGAAAAGAUGCUGAUGGUAACUUACCAAAAGAAAAUACUAGAGAUGAUUCAACUACUUUGAAAGUAUCACAAUUAAAUAGUAUUGUUAAUGAAGAUAUGUUAAGAAAUGUUUUAUUUGCCAGAUAUGGUCCAUUACAAAGAGCUACUAUUGUUAGAAAUAGAGAUACUGGAGAAUCAAGAGGUUUUGCUUAUGUUUCUUUUGCAACUGAAGAAUUGGCACAAAGAGCUUUGGAAGAUUUAGAUGGUAAAGGUUAUCAUUCAUUAAUUUUACAUCUUGAAUGGUCAAAGAAGAGGAAGUAA